CCAAAAUGUAAAAAUUCCUGAUGUUUUGAUUUGUUUGUUUUUAAGGAGAUUUUCUUGUACAGUAUUGCCAGUGUUACUGUAGAUGUCCUAUGGCUUGUUCCAGAUAUGGAUGCCUGUGAAAUAGGACACAGCUGUCAGCACAUUUGUGUGAGCAGUGGCGACUCGUAUCACUGCAAAUGCCGCUCAGGCUUCGUCUUGAACGACGACAUGCGAACGUGCUCCAUUAGAGGUGCUGGCGCUUACGGACAUGGUGGCAGUGUACACAAGGGUGACCAAAACAAAGAGAAUGAUGGCAACCAAAAUGGUGAAGGCAGUGCUAGUGUGGAUUCCUGUGCGUUGGGCCACGACUGCCAACACACAUGCGUCUCCAGCGGUUCUUCAUAUUACUGCUCGUGUCCUGCUGGCUUUGUCUUGAUGCAGGACAAGAAAUCAUGUUUCAAAGCCAGUGACGCUGAUGGAGAUGGUAGUGCCAGUCUGGACUACUGUGCGCUGGGUCAUGAAUGUGAGCACAUUUGUGUCAACGAUGAUGCUUCCUAUCACUGUGAGUGCCACCGGGUUUUGUGUUGCAAGAAGACAAGAAAACAUGUUCCAAAAAACGUAAGAGUUUAUAGAAGUACUAUUCAAACAUGUUUUCUGUAACCAUCCACUUCAUGUGCUGUGGGCAGGAAUGAUACAUAUAUGAAAAAUGGGUAAAAAUUCCAAUAGACAUUGAUACUGGAAAUAAUGAAUCCAAUAGCCACUGAAUAUUGGAGAAGAAAAAAAAAUCAAACAAGCACCACUUAAAAUAUUAGUAUUUUUCACACAAUGUUAUAUUAUGAAGUGGGCAUUGCCUAAC